CAUAAUUCAAACAAUGUUCAGAGUAAUUUAAAAUGUUAUUACCAAUACUGCUUUAUUUUUCGUAAUAAAUAUUACAUUUUACCAAAAAAUUAUAUCGUGUCUUCUCUAUUAAACACAAAAAAUUAAUGUGAUCAAAUAUUAUAAUAUUUAUUAAAUCCAAUUUUUUUUUAUCUUGUUUAGAAGUUUUAACAGUAGUUAAAUUAUGCUGAUAGCACGGUCGCCUUGCUUACUGAAAGCUGCUCAGAAAACAUGGUUGACUUCAAAGCCUCCUAGUAUCGUCGGUCAUCACGCUUCCGUUUCCUCUAAAGCGGAGUCAUUUCUGACUGGAACGAAUGCCAAUUUUCUGGAGGCUCAAUACUUAGAUUGGGCUAAGGCUAAAGGAAAUAUCGAUAAUUCAUGGGACAAUUUUUACGAUAGCCUCACCUGCGGGCCAGCUUUGAAAAUUGAAGAGUUCCAAGAUGAAUUCAGCCCGAAAACUGUCAAACCUGCUGCUAAGGAUAAGGGUGAAGAUGAGAUGUUAGAAAAAAUUAAAUUGCAUUUAGCUGUUCAAAAUCUCAUUAGAAGUUAUCAGGCCAGGGGCCAUCUUCUUGCCAAGACUGAUCCUUUAGGAUUGACAAUAGCCGCAAAAUACAUUAAGAAGAAGAAGCUCCUCCCUACUGCCGAAACCAAGGGCGUGGACUGUAAUAUUGUCUCCCGAGAACUGGGAACUGUGUUAUGUGAGAAACACAUGGACAUGGUAUUCGAAUUGCCAGAUAGGACAGCUAUCGGUGGGAAGGAGCAUUCAUUGACACUAAGGGAGAUCAUCAGCCGCUUAGAGAGGGUGUAUUGCGGUUCGAUUGGCAUGGAGUACAUGCACAUCUACGACCUGGACUGCAUACAGUUUCUUCGGGAGCGAAUGGAGACGCCGGGCGCCCUGGACCGCAGCGAUGAGGAGAAGAGAUUGAUUAUGCGCCGCCUCACCAAGGCAGUCUUUCUGGAGAAAUACUUCGCAACCAAAUGGCCGGCAGAGAAGCGGUUCGGCCUGGAGGGCGGUGAGAGUAUGAUUGUGAUGCUGGAGGAGAUCGUGGACAGCGCCACGAGGCUCGGCGUCGAGUCCAUCGUUAUGGCCAUGCAGCACAGAGGUCGGUUAAAUAUGCUGGUCAAUGUGUGUCGCAAACAAUUGACGGAUAUAUUUGCACAAUUUAAGCCAAUGGAACCAAAGGAACCGGGCUCUGGUGAUAUCAAAUAUCACUUGGGAACAUACAUUCACCGGUUCAUCAGAAGAACGAAUAGGUAUAUCAAGGUGUCGAUGAGCGCCAACCCAUCUCAUUUGGAGGUCGUGUCGCCAGUCGUAGUCGGGAAAACUAAAGCCGAGCAGCAUUGGAGGGGAGACAAUAACGGAGAUAAGGCAAUGGCAAUCAUAAUGCACGGCGACGCCGCCUUCACCGGCCAAGGUGUUGUGUUCGAGACCAUGCACCUCAGCAACCUGCCGGAGUUCGACACGCACGGCUCCCUGCACAUCGUCUGCAACAACCAGAUCGGGUACACCACCGACCCGCGCUUCGCCAGGAGCUCGCCAUAUUGUUCAGACGUCGCGAAGUGCGUGGACGCACCCGUGCUGCACGUGAACGGGGACGACGCGGAAGCCGUGGCUUACGUGGCGCGCGUAGCCAUUGAGUUCCGCUGCCGGUUCAAGAAGGACGUGGUACUCGACCUGGUGUGCUACCGCCGCUUCGGCCACAGCGAGGAGGACGAGCCCAUGUUCACGCAGCCCUUCAUGUACAAGAAGAUAAGGCAGAUGGAGACAGUGGAUAAAAUAUACGCCGCAAAGCUCAAAAGCGAAGGCGUCGUGAACGAUGCAGACGUCAAACAGUGGGAGAAAGAGUACAUGGACACUCUAAACCAGCACUUCGAGCUCGCCAAGAAGGUCACCAAGCUCAGCAUCAUGGACUGGAUCGACACGCCCUGGACUGGGUUUUUCGAAGCCACAGAUCCUAAGAAGAUCAAAGAGACCGGCAUAAACAACGCGACAAUAUCGACGAUCUCGAAGCAUUUCUGCAAAGCACCAGAACCUUGGGCAUUCGAAGUUCACAAGGGCAUUCUCAAGAUCUUGGGGCAGCGGGAAAAAAUGGUUAAAGCAGGCGUAGCUGAUUGGGCUAUGGGGGAGGCCCUGGCAUACGGCUCGUUACUCCGCGACCGAAUCCACAUCCGAUUCACAGGUGAAGACGUGGAACGAGGCACUAUGGCUCACAGGCACCACGUACUCCACCAUCAGGGCGUGGACGGCGCCACGUACCGAGUGCUCGACCAGCUGUACCCGGACCAGGCGCGCUACAGCCUACACAACAGUUCGCUAUGCGAAUUUGCGGUGUUGGGUUACGAGGUGGGGUACUCGUACUCGAGCCCGCACCUGCUAUCGAUCUGGGAGGCACAGUACGGAGAUUUCGCAGACACCGCGCAGCCGGUGUUCGACACCUUCAUUGUAAACGGCGAGAGCAAGUGGGUCUGCCAGUCCGGCAUCGUGGUGCAGCUGCCGCACGGCAUCGACGGCGCUGGUCCUGAGCAUUCUUCCUCGCGUAUUGAGCGAUAUUUACAACAAGCCGAUGACGACGAAGAUCACAUUCCAGAUCUGGAUGAUAAGAACUUAGUCUUGAAACAACUCCGUGCAGCCAAUUGGAUAGUGGCUAACGUGACAUCUCCAGCGAACUACUUCCAUCUCAUUCGGCGGCAGAUUGCGUUGCCGUUCCGCAAGCCACUCAUACUGAUGACGCCCAAGGUCGGUCUGAAGCACCCCUUCUACCGAUCCAAGUUCGACGACUUUUUACCCGGCACAGAGUUCCAAAGAGUUAUUCCGGAAAGCGGGCCGGCGUCCAGGAACCCGCGAGACGUGAAGAAGCUACUUUUCUGCGUGGGUAAAGUGGCCAUCACUAUCGACGAGCUGCGCAAAGAGAAGAAGCUUGAGAACAAGAUCGCCAUGUGCCGCAUAGAGCAAGUGUACCCGUUCCCCUACGACCUGGUGCUGCGGGAGUUCUGCAAGUACGAGCAGGCCAAGGUGUUCUUCUGCCAGGAGGAGCACAAGAACCAGGGCCCGUGGCUGUUUUGCAAAAACCGACUGGAGAAUCUUUUUGGGAAAAAAAUUGGGUGCAUAUGCAGACCGGCAAGUCCAGCUUCUGCGACGGGUAUCAAAUGGAUGCAUGCUAAAGAACUCAAAGAACUAAAAGAAGCUAUAAUUACACUGUAAUAUUUGAAUUGUUUGUAAUAGAUGAAGUUAGUAAAUUUUCAUUUACGUAUUUGUGUUGUUUUUUUCUGAAAUAAACUUUCUAAUAUAUUUUUUGUAAUUUAUUGUGAUAAAAUUUUGAACCCAUGAAGCCAUUUUAUUAAUAUUUUUGGAGUAAUGACGCAGUAAGCUCUUUUUAAUAAUAAGCUCUUUUUUUCUCUUUUAAAUCUCGGAGUAAACGGUGUACAUACAUAAAAAAGAACAGACUGACCUAAUCGAGAACCUCCGUUUUGAAGCAGGGUUAAUAUUAUACAUAAUAGACCAUAGGCCAGCCCCUGCGUUUGCUUUAUUUAUGCGAACACUACUUACAAUGGAUCGGCCCUGCGGCUGCUCUCGGGACCGUGCAUUCCAUUGCCUCUAUUAAGGCUAUGCAGCUUUACUAUGAUAGGUAUACUUAUUUUUUUAGUUCUCAUAUAAACUACUUACUCUUUUCUCAUUUUCAUUGACAACAUAACCAUUCACAUUAGGGACUGCGACUAUGGUCUGUUCGCGGAUGACUUAAAAAUUUAUAGACGUACCCCUAGCACGAACCAUU